AUGGUGAACAACCCUUCCACCAAUGAUACACCAGGAAGGCCAAAGGAUAAAGUGGAAAGGAAGAAGAGCAUUGUGCAGCAAGUGUGGGAGAAAGCUAUAAAGAAGAGUAAAUCAAAGAAGAAGAAGGGAAGUAAGAAACCUCCCCCAUACUCCUAUUGCAAUGAAGACGGGCAUAGCGUUCAAACAUGCAAAUACAUGCAAACAACACAAGAGAUGCUGAAAGCAAUGAAAGAAAUGGAGUUGAAGCUCUAG